AUGGCCCAGCCCCUUUCCGAGACACACCCACGAGAUCCUCGCCCACCCACGAGAUCCUCGCCCAUUCUAUCGUCAUCAAUAACCCCGCCCACCGCCAUAAACCCCGCCCCUCUAGAACGGCUUCACUCCAGAGCUCCGCACUCUCGAUUGGCCCGCCCUGUCCACCAAUCCCCGCCCGCUGAUACGCCAUCCACUUCCAAAUCCACGCCCCUCGAUGUCCCCGCCCUCUCCAUCCUGCCCCGCCCCCAGACGCCGCACCAGCCAAUCCCCGACAGCCCCGGCCCGAUAGCUCCGCCCAUUUCUCAGUGCCGGCCGGAGCGUGGACGCUGCUGGAGUUCGGGUGGUUUAAAUGAAAUAAUUCCAGAAUGGAUCGAAGCCGACCGCCAGCGCGGCCUCCAUCACGGGGGUCUUAGACGACAGGACACGGGGGAGGCCGGACCAGCCGCUAUCUCUGAGAUAAAAAUUCUGUGUGUGAACACCCAAGAUAUUCCCUAUCUCCAGGACUACAAUGGUCUCCAAAACCAAUCAUGCCACCUUCCUAUCUUUCCAGAUCAACUUGUAUCAAUCAAUUCGGAACACCUCGUCUCUAUCUCUUCCUUGAGCCAGAUCACUGAUCAAAGGAGUGGCCACAGAGAUGUCUGUUUUAACAACAGUGCCCUUCCUGAUGCCCCUGUACUCAUGACUAGCAGUUACCAGGCCAGGGAGACCCUAGCAGCAGUGAGCUGCGCUGCCUGAGCCCUGAGGAUGCCAUCAGUGUCUUUGAGAUCGUGAAAGAAGCAGGUGCGACUUUAAGGAGCUGGGCCCCAUGGAUCUCACUGUUUUAUCAAGAUGGAAUACGCGGUCCGGGACCAUGUACUGAUGCAACGGAACAGCGGCUGCUAGAAUCCAUUCCUCAAUGUUCAUCUCCCUGUUUCUCAUCCUGCUCUUGCUCCAAGCUGCUUCCAUCUUUUAGUUUCCAGUGCACUCUGUAUCUGCAUGAAACCAAAUAUUUCAAAUCACAGCCACUCCCUCAAUGAAUGAAAUGAAAACAGAGAGCAUUGGAGAAAGUCAGCAGUUUGGCAGCAUCUUGAGAGAGAAACAGAGUUAAUGAUUCAAAUCUGGUAUGACUGUUCUGAAUUCAUCAUUAAGUGGAGUUUGAUGAGUGUCAGCUGGCUGCAGCACUCAGUCCCAGCAAUGGUUGUCACUAUGGAACUUUCUUGGUUUAUUGUUAAGUCUCCUCCUGUAUAUCUUGCACACAAACUUGAAUGUCAUUGAAUAAACUCCUGGUGAUACCAUUUUGCCAACACUGGUGAAGAAUUGUAAGAUGUUCUGAGACAUGUGAACCUAAUAGCAACUCCCACACUGUUCCCAGACCAUGUCUGACUGUUUCUCAUAACUAGGUUAGAAACAUUGUCAUUAUCCACCCAUCCCUCUAACAUACCCCACCCCUCAUCGCAGCUCUCCUUCAAGAACAGAAUACAUAGUACAUUCCUAUCUCUGGACCACAAGCACUGGGCUCAAGUCCCACUUUGAUCAAAGAACAUGUUAUAAAAUCUCUGAACCAGUUGAUUAGAAAGAUCUGGAAUGCAUUACUUCCACGGAGUUCAGCUCAGCUUCUGUAUUUCCUGCUAAAGUAUUAAAAGAGACGAGUGCUCCUGUUUGUUGUAAUUUGAGUGGUGAUUGUCAGGAGAAAAGUCAGCUUUUACUUUUGAGGCUGGGUCAAGAAUCAUGUGAACAAAUCUGGAUCAUCCAUAUCUGCAAACCCAACCUUGUCUGAACUUUCCAAGGCUCAUUCAGGAGUAUAAGUUUAAUAAAUGAAGCAUUUAUUUUUGAACAUCCAUCAGUAUUUCACUGAAGAUGAUGCUCUUCCCCAUUCAAUCAUUAAGAUUAAUGCAAAACUUUCAGCCUGUCACUCUGAUUUAAUUCCAUAUCCCUACUCUCCUUCCUUCCUUUUACAUUUGUGAUAUUCUCCAAAUGCCUUUUUAAAUAAUUCACACUCGCAAUAGUUUUGCAAUCAAGAGUUCCAAUAAACAUCCUUUAAAAUAUUUCCAGGAGUUUUCCUCUUCUCAUGAAAAUCUUGUUCCUCCAAAUCUACUUUCUCAAGCUAAAACCUUCAUUACCUUCCCUACACUUCCACCGUUCUUGGGAAAAAGUUCAAUUUUUCUAACUUUUCCAAGCAUAUCCUCUCUUGCAAGUGUACUCUCCUUUUGUGAUUCAUUCCACAUUCCACCCUGACCUUAAAUUUACCUGGACCAUCUCUAACACCUCCCUCCCCUUCCUGGACCUCUCCAUCUCCA